AUCUAACUUCAAGGGUAUUGGGUUGGAACCACAGAUUACAGAGUAACCUCUAUGGUUGGAACGUCAACAUAUGUGUUGUGAAGUGGCACGUCAAUAAGUUUAAACUUGUUUAUUGCAAUUUGUGAUAUAAAUUAAAAGUUAACCAUCGAUUUAAACAGCCGAGCCCAACAAUGACUUCGCUGCGGCAAAGGCAGAAAGAUGCCAUAAGGCAAAUGUUAAACCUCAACCAGCCCUUCAGCAAGCAGGCUACUUCCGAACCUUCCUGGAAGAUUCUGGUUUACGACCGGACUGGGCAGGACAUAAUUUCACCCUUAAUCUCCGUCAAAGAGCUGCGCGAACAAGGAGUAACAUUAUUUGUACAGCUGCACUCGGACCGAGACCCGAUUCCUGAGGUGCCGGUGGUGUACUUUUGCUCCCCUACAGAGGAGAACUUGGGAAGGAUAAAGCAGGACUUUCAAAGGGGCAUUUAUGAUGUCUAUCACUUGAACUUCAUCUCCCCUAUUUCCAGACAGAAGCUCGAGGACUUGGGUUCGGCUUCCAUUGAGGCAAAUUGCGUUGCCAACAUUCACAAGAUAUAUGAUCAAUAUGUAAAUUUCCUGUCUUUGGAGGAUGACAUGUUCGUGUUGAGGCACCAAAACAGCGACGCCUUGUCUUAUUAUGCUAUAAACAAAGGCGACAUUAAAGACACGGAAAUGGAUGAGAUAAUGAACAACAUAGUGGACAGUUUGUUUUCAGUAUUUGUAACGGCGGGCACAGUGCCGAUCAUUCGCAGCCCCAAAGGAAAUGCUGCGGAACUGGUGGCUCGAAAGCUGGACAAGAAGCUGCGGGAAAAUCUAUUUGAUGCAAGGAAUAAUCUGUUUUCCGCCGAUACGCAGGCGGGCAACUUUAACUUCCAUAGGCCUUUGCUGAUUAUUCUGGAUAGGAAUGUGGAUAUGGCCACCCCUUUGCAUCACACCUGGACUUAUCAGGCUUUAGCCCACGAUUUAUUGAACUUGGCACUGAAUAGGGUAGUGAUUGAGGACAGCACACCAAAAGGAGGCGCCAGAGCCAAGCACAAGGCAUGCGAGCUGGAUUCCAAAGAUAAAUUUUGGACUAGUCAUAAGGGAUCGCCGUUCCCCAAUGUGGCGGAGGCCAUUCAGGAGGAGCUGGAGCAGUACCGUUCCUCUGAGGAAGAAGUAAAGAAGCUGAAGACCUCCAUGGGAAUCGACAAUGAAAGCGAACUGGCCGUAGCGUUGGUGACCGACAACACCGCCAAAAUCACGUCGGCUGUUCAGUCGCUGCCUCAGCUGCUGGAAAAAAAGAGACUAAUUGAUAUGCACACUUCGAUAGCCACAGCAAUCCUGAACAGUAUCAAAGCGAGGAAACUGGACACAUUCUUCGAACUGGAAGAGAAGAUAAUGAGCAAAACUCAGCAACUAGAAAAGCCGCUUCUGGACAUCAUUUCGGAUCCCGACGCGGGCGACUUGGAGGACAAGUUGCGACUGUUUAUCAUCUACUACAUCUGUUCGGCACACUUAUCGGAUACCGAUUUGAAGAAGUUUGAAUACGCGCUUGGGGAGGCCGGAUGCGACUUGAAGCCUUUGGUCUAUAUCAAAAGAUGGAAGAGUUUUACAAAAAUGGCUAGCGGCGCUGCACUGAACCAAUACGAAGGUGCGGGCACCAAGACCGUGAACAUGUUUUCCAAGUUGAUGUCUCAGGGCUCAAACUUCGUGAUGGAAGGUGUGAAGAAUUUGGUGGUGAAACGACAUAACUUGCCGGUUACGAAGAUCGUCGAUAAUCUGAUGGACUUUAAGAGUAGCCAGGAGAUGGACGAGUACCAUUACCUGGAUCCGAAGCAGCUGAAGCUGGCCGAGAUGCCGAAAAGCCGGUCGCCCUUUCAGGACGCCAUUGUCUUUGUUGUGGGGGGCGGCAACUACAUCGAGUACCAAAAUUUGGUCGAUUAUGCCAAGGCGAAAACUACAGCAGGGAACUUAAGGCGGAUAACUUACGGUGCCUCCACCCUGAACAACGCCAAGCAGUUCCUUCAACAGCUAUCUUUACUAGGUCAGGAAUUGUAAUAGUUUUAAGAUAAUUUAGUUUGUUUUUUAUAUAGGCAAGUGUACGGAAAUGUUAUUUUAAUAUAUACGUUUAUAAAUUGGAA